GCUUGUUGGCCAUUUGUAGCAAUACAUUUUCUUUGAGGAAAUGUCUCUUCAGACCCUUUGCCGUGGCCCAGAGUUUCCAGAGAGAAGGACUGAAGAAGCGCCCAGCAGUUGGAGGCAGCAGCGGGUGGGGCACGAGCUGGCGCACCCUGACCCUCCCCCACUCUCGCCGGGCUGGGGCUGCGGGGGCGGGCUCACGGGGGUGUUUCCGGGCUGUGGCUGCUCCAGGCCGGCCGAGGUUUCACUUUUGGAUCUGGGAAACUUUGGGUUGUGUGCCAGCUCGGCAGCUCCGGGACAGAGCCCUCUGAUCCCAGCCAGCAGAGCGGCCUGGCUUCAGCUCUGUGGGCGCGGGCACGCAACAGUCACGGUCACGUCAGCAGCAAGCACCUUCUGCCAGUCAGAGCAUCCCAGGACUAGCCAAGCAGGACUGCUUUGGAGGGAAAGAGCUCCCCAUCACUGGAGACGUCCAGGAGCAUGGCAUCGGCCUUUGCGAGGGUGGUCAGGAGUGUGGUCCAGGAGCUGGACCACGGUGGGGAGCUCACCCCUGUGGACAGCCUGCAGAGCUCCACCAGCUUCCAGCUCUACUGCCUUUUGGGCAGGAAGUCCUCGAGUUCACGGUUCUGGAAACACCGCUACACACGUGUCAACCUGUCCAUCAGGGACAUCCUGGAGCCCGACGCCCCAGAGCCAGCUGUGGAGUGUGGCAACACCUUCCAUUUCCACGAUGCUAUGGAUGGGCAGCUGCAGGGCAGCGUGGAGCUGGCGGCCCCAGGACAGGGGAAGCUGGCAGGCAGGGCCGCGGUGUCUGGCAGCUCCAGCGCCUCGAUGAUCGUGUGCACGCUGCGAGUGGCGCCCAACACCUGGGAAGCCAUGCGUCAAGAGAGGCGCUUGCGGCAGCCUGAGCACCAAGUCCUGCAGCAGCUGCGGAAUCGUGGGGAUGACGUGUUCGUCGUGACCGAGGUGCUGCAGACACAGCAGGAGGUGGAAGUCACCCGGACCCAAAAGCAGGAGGGCUCCGGCCAGUUUGCACUUCCGGGAACCAUGUGCUUGCAGGGCAGAGGCGAGGGCCACCUGAGCCAGAACAAGAUGGUCACCAUCCCCGCGGGCAGCAUCCUCGCAUUUCGGGUGGCCCAGCUGGUUAUUGGCUCUGACUGGGACAUCCUCUUCUUCCCGGACAAGAAGCAGACGACCUUCAGGCCACAGCAGGAAGGCUACAGGCCCUCCUACGUUGCAGGUGGCCAGCCGCAGCGGUCCUCCUGCCUCGCCUCCACAAAAUUCCUCCCUAUCUGCUUCAAGUUCCUGUCGGAUGGGCCCGUGGAGGACCGGUUGGCGACCACCGAAGACUUCCAGGGCCUGCAGGCAGAAGUGGAGGCUUGGGCCGUGGGCCUGGAGGGCUUGUCCAGGGAGCCUUGUGGGCAGCUGCUGGGGGCCCUCGGGCAGGUGCUGCGGGAUGAGGCCGCCCUGCAAGCCCUGGAUGAGUCGCUGGAGCACGGCCUGCGUGGCGGGCUUUUGGAGCCUCGGGAUGGUCCGGUGGGUGCUGUCCUCGAGUGCCUGGUGUUCUCCUCCAGAAGGCUGGAAAAGAGACUUGCUGGCCCCGUCUUCUACCUGCUGCAAGCUCUAGCUGUGCUGAGUGCAACCCAGCACGUGCUGCUGGCUGAGGUGCUGGAGAUGGGGGCCCUGUCGGGGUCGUUCAAACUGGUGGAGAGCCUUUUGGAGCAGAGCACCCCAUGGCAGGAGCGCAGGGCCGUGUCCCUGCCGCACGAGCUCCUGGGGAGCAGCUGGGGCUCAGAGGCACCCACCUGGGUCCUGCUGGAGGAGUGUGGCCUUGAGCCACAGGUGGGCGCCCCCCAGGUGUGCUGGAAACCGGAGGCCCAGGGCUGUGCGAAUGCGCUUUACGCCUGCCUGGCACUGCUAUUCAGGCUGAGCCGGCUCUGCUAGCCUGCAGCCUGCCCGCAGGGCAGCUCUCUAGUCGGGGCAGAGCUCAUGCUGCCAGGAGCCACACCCAGCCAUGUGGGCAGCUCCCCACAAGACCUGGGAGUUGAGGAAAGACAAUAAAUGUGAUGAACAAAG